AUGUCUAGAACUCGCCAGGAGUUCCUCAUCAAAUCGGUGAUACGAGGUCAGAGCGAGGAGAAGCGCCUGCUGACCUGGGUGCAAGACCUGGUCCCUACCAGAAGCGUUAAAGACCUGGACCGCGACCUGGCUGACGGAGUGGCCCUCUGCGGUCUCAUGCAGGCCCUCGUCCCUGGCACCUGCCCUCGACACGACCUGCUGCCCCCGGACCAGCCUGCAGGGAACAUUCGGCUGGCGUCGCGUCUGGCUUCCACCUUCCUCGGGGUCACGCAGGACCUGGCAUGGGAGCGGAUGCAGGGCUGCGACGGACACCGCACCCUCAGGAGGUUCCUGCGCAACCUCCGCUACUCUUCCCUGAAGCGAGAGGUGCUCGGUGGGCCGGCCGUCACCCACGAUUCUGUCGUCGAGGCCCUCGGGGACUACCAGCCAAAUACUAAAGAAAUUGUGGAUCUCUUAAUACAGAGCUAUAUGCGUGAAACACGUUUCGUGAUCCCCCGUAUCAUGGAAUACUAUUAUGCACGGCCUAGCGAGAUGGCUUCGCAGAGCAUGAAAGCGCUCUCUCCACCAACAGUCAGAUUUCGGUCCACUCAGGUCACGACCAUCGCGCUCGGAAUGAAGGUGUCCCUGUUUCGGCAUGGUAUUCGUGCUGUCACGCCUGAUUGCGACAAAAGGUCACCCUCGCCACUGCAGGUGCUAGCGCGGGGAAUGGGGCUGCAGAUGGCCAUGGUGGGCAGAAAGACCAAGUUCACUCUCUACCUGAACAAUUCCACGACGCUCGACCUCGUGGUGGAGAUAAAAAAUGAGGAGGGCGAUUAUUGUAGCCACAGAAUCACCAAUCGCUCUCCACUCAGGUCGAGGGUCCUCUCCAAACAGGCGCUCAAGGAGCGCCACAAUAUUCCCCUGGAGUACGAGGUGUCCGGCAGCGAGGUCCGCGUGGCCUGGAUCCCCCUGCAGGAGGGUCGUCACACACUCUCCAUCAUCUGGCGAGGGCAGCACGUCGUGGGUUCCCCGUACUCUGUGGUCGUCGACGACUCGCAGGUACGACUAUAG